AUGAAGAAUAUUGUUGAACAUGAAUAUGUGAAGAAGAAGAAGAAGUUGGUUGUUGAUGAUGUUGAUGAUGUCGUUGUUGCUGGUAUGGUGAUAGAAGCCGAACCAAUUGGUUGGUAUAUAUAUCCAUUGGUUCCAGAAUAUCCAACAUUUGUAUCAAAACUAGAACCAAAAUUCCCUGAAGAAAAUCCUCUAGUUGUUGUCGUUGUCAUGGAAGUUUGA